UUGUGGGAGCCUGCUGAUUGGUGACGUCUGGGCAAUUUGUUCUUGUGUCUGCACACAGCACCGCCUAGACUUAUGGGGAGUUUUUCGCUUUUCGGUUAAUUAGCGUCUUCGCUUUUGAGAUGCCGGGCGCCUGGUGUGCACUGUGGCCAUUGCGAUUGCGAUUGCGUCUCUUUUGGCGCAAGUCCAGGCCCCACCAUUUGCCAGCCUCCCCGCUAAUUCACCUUGUUUCUUUUCUUCUCAACUUGAGAGGCUGUCAUGGAUGCAAAUCGUUCUGCUCCCUACCGCCGGACCCUUGCCUGCCCUCUCGUGCGCCAUCUUUUUGCGUUGGUGGGUGGGGCGGUCAUGAUUGCGAUGCGAUGUACGUGCCGGGGUGUGGUGGCACGCAAGGGACGAAAGGGUGUGGUAGGUUAGGUAGACGUCCAAAGUGUACUGUAUUUCCGAAGACAUGACAGGACAAGAGAGUGACCGGAUGCGUCUGUCUGACAGGGACGGCCGGUCUCUCCAACGGCAGACUCGUUCCCAAUUCGAUCAACCCCCAAUACCCAACGUGGGUGGAACCUUCCUUGCUCAUCCCGUGUCGUUCGGCCUGAAGGUUCUAUUUUUCCCUCUUUGUCCAACGUUUGUUAGUCCCGUCUGGAUUUCACCUUAUAAACGUCCAUUCCCUCUCCGUGCUUCCACCUCGGGCCUCCAUCUGCCAUCAGACAGCAAUUCAUUUAAUCAUUACAUCCUGUCAAUACCAGAAAGCCUGUCAAUCCCAGAAAGCCAAGCUUGGUUUCUGUUGCGCAGAACGCUUUGAUCCAUUACCACAACAUUAGGAUUGCAUUGGUUUCUUUUUUUUUAUCUUUCUUUUUUCGGCAUCCCGCUCGGACGAUCCAGCCUAACUAGCCUUCCGUAAAAACCUCGAAUCAACCUUCACUUUUCGCUCUUCACCUUACUGACACCCUCGUUUGCAAACGAGUACAACGCCAGUCAAAUCAGCAAAGAUGCACUUCAAGUCAGUCACCCUCAUGCUGGCCACCGCGGCCAUGAGCGUCAACGCUCAAGAGGUCACUGGUCAGCUCGGCGAUGCCAAAAUCGUGACCAACAACCCCGCCGGCGUCGUGUACGAGGCCCACCUGCCCGAGACUGCUUUCACCAAGGGAUCGGCCUACGCAGAGGGAGGAAAUGUCAAGGGAUUCAUCAGCGCCACUGCCUCCCCCGACGGUGUUGGUGUCGUCUUUACAGUCAAAUUCUCCAACUUGCCCAAGGAGGGUGGUCCAUUCAAGUACCACCUCCACGCAGCUCCCGGCUCCAAUGGCAACUGCACCUCGACACUCGCGCACUUGGACCCGUUCCUGCGCGGCGAGAACCCACCUUGCAACGCGUCUGCUCCCCAGUCUUGCGAGGUUGGUGACUUGAGCGGCAAGCACGGCGAGGUCAAGUCUGACCCGUUCGAGGCUACCUACACCGACAAGUUCGCAUCGACACACGAGGGCAUCGGCGCAUUCUUCGGCAACCGCUCCUUUGUCUUCCACUACGCCAACAAGACCCGCAUCAGCUGUGCCAACUUUGUGCGCAAGGGACACAAGGACAGCUGCAGCCCGUCUGGCCACCCCAAGCCGAGUGGCUCCGGUUCCUCUCCGUCGGGCGUCGCAUCUGGAACCGGAGGCGCCAACCCCGCGCAGACCAGCCCGCCGCCAAUCACUGCCGGCGCAGCCACGCUCAGUGUUGGAAUGGCCGGCUUCUUUGCCGCCGCGGCGGCCGCUCUCUUGUAACGCGGAGCAACCGAUACGGUAGCCCGGCUAGAGCCAUUUGUCGAACCUAAUAUUUGAAGCGUCUCGCUUCUUGUUUCCAUGAUACCACAUACGGGGGAAAUCUCUGCAUUAGAGAAUGGGGCGUUUGGGAGUUUCUUUUGUUCGGCUUAUGUUUUCUGGUUUUUGAUUUUACUAUUCACUUCUUCUUGGUGCUCUGCCUACUGGCCAUGGCCCAUAGUCCUACUACUUGGUGGGCAUACGGACACUUAUUUUUUUCGUUUCUGUUGUCAAAAGCUUGUAAUCAUAAUUUUUUUAGCACAUAGCUUUCUGGCGCACGGCUUCCCGAGUCAAUUUGCAAUGGACCCGGGCGAGAUGGAGAUACCGAGACUGGACUUUGUCUAGAAUUUUUAACAAAAGUAAACUUUUUCUCUAAGCUUUUGUUUCUAUUGCUCCUGUUCCUUGUCUACCGCGGUAAUACUUGCGAAAGAGCGCGCAUUCUUUUGAUGCUCCUCUCG